ACCCGAACAAAGAGCCCUUGCACCCGCUGCUUUCGAAUACAAAUGUGAUGUAAGCAUGUGCUACGUUUGAAGGCUCCUCUACUCUCAGAAACUCAUAUUCAAGAUAGAAAUCAUGGCACCCAAAGAGCCCGUUGUCUCUCCGGCGACACCCAUGCCUAAAGGGUAUGGGUUCCUGAAGAAGGGAAACGUAUACGCAACAGCAAGCACACGCCGCAAGGUACACGCCGCGAAGAAGACUCUUUAUGUUGUCUCGGAAAAGGGCAAGCUCGUGGGCCUUCGGGCGCCGAUAUGGAUCCUUAAGGAGGUUCACUCGGAGGAUCGCGCCACGAAGGAAGAGCGACAGAACAACGUCAAAAAACGCGAUGACGCAACCGAGAAGGAAUUCGAGACGGCUAUAAGAAAGUUAUUUCCCGAGAUCCCCGAGGAGUCUCUUCAGAAGGUUAUCAAAAGGGCGUUGCAGAAGCGGAGUGGACGGGUUGGUCGCUCCGGGGCACUGUCCGUGAACGAAAAGGUCCAGUUGGCUGUUUCGGCACACGUAAGACAUUGCCAUACACAGUAUGACAAGCUUAUCAGAGGGCCAAUGAGUAGAGACGACGCUCGUAAAAAGAUCAAGGGCGAGGCACGACGAGUUCUGGGACAGUGGAGAGGCGCGAGAACGACAAACGAGUCGAGGAGACAGCGAAAGACGAAGGCCAGGAGAGCCAGCGCCACAAAGCAGGCAACUCCAACAAAGCAAACAAUUCCACCGAAACAGACGGCUCCGACGAAGCAGGCAGCUCCAUCGGCACCACCACCAAAGCCCUCAACUGAGAGAGGGCGAAAUGAACAACAGCCUUUGCCGCGGAGGCGUCGAAGAAUGCCUACUCGGAGCUCAGGCCGAUUGAACAACCCCGGCGUCCAGGAUCUGAAAGUCCUGAAUGUGUUCUUGGACGAUGAGGAGGACUCAGACAAUUCAGAUGAGGACGCUGAAGAUGAGGAAGAUCUAGAUGCAUUUCUCGACGAUUUCUUGGUGGAUGACAGUGAGUAUGACCCGGAGUCGGAUUGGCACAGCGAGUGAGCUUUUGCUUGACUUGCAGUAAAUAGGUAGACUAUGCCGAGCUAUUGCUCUUUUUUCUUUCAAGCUUUUGACAUUUGUAGCGAUGAAAAUUGCAUUAGGCGAUUCUAUUCACCUG